AUGCAAGCCGGCGACCGCUUCCUGAGCGACGGAGAGUACAACACAAUGUGGAGCUCCCUGCAGCAGCAGGAAAAUCACGUGUGCACCAGACAGUGCGAGUUCAAGCAGGUGUUUGGCAACAUGUUUUACUGCGUGACGAGCGGCCAGGCCCACGUGUGCGACCAAAACUGCAACCAGCGGAUCUUUUAUGACAACCACCACGACAUCUGCCGCCUCUCCCGCCGCACCUUCCCGCGCACCGAGGCGCCCAUGGCCGACAUGGCCAGGAAGCGCAGCAGCGAGGAGGUAGCGCAGCAGAUGGUCAAGCGAACGCACUCCGCCGACUGGCAGCACCAGCAGGCGCUGCGGCAGCAGGCCCUGCAGCAGCAGCAGGCCAUGGCGGCCGCCGCAGCGCAGCAGCAGCAGCAGCAGCAGCAGCAGUUCCUGGGCAGCGGCGGGCCGUGGGGCCAGCCGCCGCUGCAGCCGGCGGCGCCACAGCGGUGGGGCUGCUGA